GGCCAAUCCCGCUACGCCUUUCUACGCUGUGCUGUGCGCAAACACACGCGACGCGCGACGGAACCCAGCAUUACCGCGCGCGCAUUUCACCAUUGCCGCUCGCGCACUUUGCUGCCCAUUUCUCCAUUCACCCUCCCACACGCUCUCUCGCCCACAGUAUACGGCCUCCUGCGACGAGAACCUCCUUCGCGCGCCUGCCUACCUCACCCAUCCGACCAGCGAGACAUCCCCGGGCUUCAUUCGCUGAUCACGGGCCUCGACAUCAGCACUCGCCAUUGAAUAUAUCCCUCCACCCACGCCAUUGCUUCUGAUGGUCGCCGCUGCUCUCUGACGGCCUAUUCUAUCCGUGUAGAUAACGCGCGUCACCUCCCACUGGUGGUUGGUGUUGGGAGGAUAUUUCAUCGGUCGGAGCCAUAUCGCAUACGAUACCAUUCAAUAUGGCUGCGGUACAGCCCAGCCAGGGCAUGCCGCAACAGCAACAACAACCACAACAACAUCAGCAGCAACAGCAACAGCAGCAGCAACAGGGCAAUGCGGUCAUCAACCAAGUCCUGCCCGCUGGCAUGACCGGCGAGCAGGUCAAGGCCAUGUUCCAGGAAUACCAGACCAAGCGAAAGCAAGGCGUGCCGGAGACUGACCCCGACAUGAUGAGGAUGCGCCAGAUUCUGACGCAGGUUCAGCAACGGACGGAACAGAUGAAGCGGAUGCAACAGGCAAAAAUGCAGCAGAUGCAGCAGAUGCGGCAAGCGCAGCAAGGCGGGAUGCCGCAGAACGGUGCGCAAAUGCAGAUGCAGACGAACGGUACUGUGGCCGGCAUGCCUGGACAGCCACCAAACAACAUGCCGCCGCAAGCGAGCCAUCAGUCGGGUCCUGCGAAUGGUACACCACAUCCUACCGCUCCGUCCGGUCCACAGACACAGCCUGGAACUUUACCCAGCCAGCAGCCGAACCAAAUGGACAUGAACAAGGACAAUCUGAGCAAGAAGCAGGUAGAGCUGCUGCGCUAUCAGAUGCAGGCUUUCGGUGCACUACAAAAAAACCAGUCCAUCCCUGCGCCCAUCGCAGAGCGCAUAUUCACUGGGCGACAAGCACAACAUAGCCCUCACCUCUCCGAGAGCAUGGCUGCCGCGAGUCGGACGAUCGAAGACGCCGCGAAUGGAUCCACGGGGCAGAGUACCGAUCUCACUCAACGGCAUCGUUUUGAGACUUUCACCGAUCCCCACGCUUUGAUGCUCAGACGUAUCAGCUAUGCCGAUCACACUCACCGGCCCUACCGUUCCAUGAUUCCGAGCAUUAUGCCCGUUGGUGUCGAUGCUGAACGAGUGAGGGAAGAGCGAGAGAACAUCGUGUACAAUCGUAUCGUCACGAGAAAGACGGAGCUGGGCAAACUGUCUGCCAACAUUGGUGGUUGGGAUCCUACCAAAUCGGAUACCCCGGAGGACAAUGCCAAUCUCAAAUUGCGCGCGUUGAUUGAAUACAAAAUGCUGAAUCUGCUCCCCAAGCAGCGAGAGAUGCGACAGAGGGUCGGCAAGGAGAUGAUGCUUUCUGACAACCUUUCCAUGACUGCAAAUCGCUCCAUGUAUCGCCGGGUCAAGAAGCAGAGUCUCCGAGAAGCUCGGGUCACGGAGAAGCUCGAGAAGCAGCAACGCGACGCCGCCGAGAACAAGGAGAAGAAGAAGCACACCGAGUACAUUCGCUCCAUUAUGCAACAUGCAGAAGAUAUCAGGAAUGGCGCUCAAGCUCACAAGAUGCGCGUCCAGAAGCUGGGACGAAUGAUGAUUUCGACUCACAGCAAUAUCGAGAAGGAAGAGCAGAAGCGUAUUGAGCGCACUGCCAAGCAACGUCUGCAAGCCUUGAAAGCCAACGAUGAAGAGACAUAUCUCAAACUGCUCGGACAGGCCAAGGACUCUCGUAUCUCGCAUCUGCUCAAGCAGACUGACGGCUUCUUGUCGCAACUUGCUGCCUCCGUCAAGGAGCAACAACGCAGAAUGGGCAACGAUAUGGCCGAUGAUGAGCCGGAGCCUGAAAAUGACGAAGUCGACAGCGAGGACGAGACGAAGCCCAAAACCGACUACUACGAGAUCGCUCAUCGCAUCAAGGAAGACGUGAUUGCUCAAUCCACGAACCUGGUCGGCGGAACACUCAAAGAAUAUCAAAUCAAGGGUCUACAAUGGAUGAUCUCGCUUUACAACAACAAUCUAAACGGCAUUUUAGCCGAUGAGAUGGGAUUGGGAAAGACGAUUCAAACCAUCUCAUUAAUCACGUACCUGAUUGAGAAGAAGAGACAGCAUGGCCCGUACCUGGUGAUUGUGCCGUUGUCCACAUUGACGAAUUGGAACAGCGAGUUUGAGCGAUGGGCACCCAGUGUGAAUCGUAUCGUGUACAAGGGUCCACCCGCGCAGAGAAAGAACUUCCAGCAGCAGAUCCGGUACGGGAACUUUCAAGUGCUGCUGACCACGUACGAGUUCAUCAUCAAGGAUCGCCCGAUUUUGAGCAAAAUCAAGUGGCUUCACAUGAUUGUCGACGAAGGUCACCGGAUGAAGAACGCGCAAUCGAAGCUGAGCAGCACCAUCUCCCAGUACUACCACACGAGAUAUCGCAUUAUUCUCACUGGUACACCACUGCAGAACAACCUGACCGAGUUGUGGGCGAUGCUGAACUUUGUGCUGCCCAAUAUCUUCAAGUCGGCAAAGUCGUUCGACGAGUGGUUCAAUACCCCGUUUGCCAACACGGGUGGUGGUGACAAGAUGGAGCUCACGGAAGAAGAGUCGAUUCUCGUCAUUCGCCGUUUGCACAAAGUCCUGCGACCGUUCCUCCUGCGUCGUCUGAAGAAGGACGUCGAGAAGGAUCUUCCGGAUAAGCAGGAGCGUGUCAUCAAGUGCAACCUUUCUGCUCUCCAGGCCAAGCUCUACAAACAACUCAUGCUGCACAACCGCAUCAACGUUAUUGGCGCUGACGGCAAGAAGACGGGCAUGCGUGGUUUGAGCAACAUGCUCAUGCAGCUGCGCAAGCUCUGCAACCAUCCCUUUGUGUUUGAAGAAGUAGAAGAUCAGAUGAACCCUCAGAAGAUGACCAAUGAUCUGAUCUGGCGUACGGCUGGCAAAUUCGAGCUGCUCGAUCGUGUUCUGCCCAAGUUCAAAGCCACCGGUCACCGAGUGCUCCUCUUCUUCCAAAUGACCCAAAUCAUGAACAUCAUGGAGGACUUUUUGAGAUUCCGAGGCAUCAAGUACCUACGACUAGAUGGUUCCACAAAGGCUGAUGAUCGAUCGGAGUUGCUGAAACUCUUCAACGCACCAGACUCGGAGUACUUCUGCUUCUUGCUGUCCACACGUGCAGGUGGUCUCGGUCUCAACCUGCAGACUGCCGAUACUGUCAUCAUCUAUGACUCUGACUGGAAUCCCCAUCAAGAUUUGCAAGCCCAAGAUCGUGCCCAUCGUAUCGGUCAAAAGAACGAGGUGCGCAUCCUUCGUCUGAUCACGAGUAACUCGGUCGAAGAGAAGAUUUUGGAACGUGCGCAAUACAAGCUUGACAUGGACGGCAAAGUCAUUCAAGCUGGUAAGUUCGACAACAAGUCCACCAAUGAAGAACGUGACGAGAUGCUGCGUGUCAUGCUGGAGUCUGCAGAAGCUGUGGAUCAGAUGGAUGCUGAUGAGAUGGACGACGAUGACCUGAACGACAUCAUGAUCCGUCACGACCACGAACUUCCGAUCUUCCAGGCAAUGGAUCGAGAGCGAGCCAAGAACUCCAAGUAUGGACCAGACAAGAAGCUGCCUCGUCUGCUGGGGGAAAGCGAGCUUCCGGAUAUCUACAUGCAGGAGGACAACCCCGUGGUGGAGGAGAUUGAGAUCAAUUAUGGUCGUGGCACACGAGAACGUGCCAAGGUCAAGUACGACGAUGGUCUGACAGAGGAGCAAUGGCUGGAGGCUGUGGACGCGGACGACGACACGAUCGAAGACGCGAUUGCACGCAAGCAGAAGCGCAUUGCCAAUCGUUCGGCGAAGAAGGACUCUCGCAUGAACGAUGGCGAAGACGACACGCCGCCACCGCCAGGUAUGGACAGCGAGGACGAGUCGCCCGCGCCAAAGAAGCGGGGUCGCAAACAGUCAGGUCGGCCUGAAAAGCGCAAGGCGGAUGAAGCCUCGCUGGACAGCUUGCCGGAGCCUCCCAAGAAGCGUGGCCGGAAUCCCAAGAUCAGCGAAACGCUAUCGAAAGAGGAUCGCGAUGCCCUGCAACAAAUCCUCGACAAUGUCUAUGAUGGCCUUCAGGAUCUCACCGAGCCAUCCACUGAUCCUGACUUUCCUCAAGGGCGUGACCUGAUUGGCCCCUUCCUCGAGUUAGUACCACGAGCGGAAUGGAAAGACUAUUACGAUCUCAUCAAGAAGCCCAUCGCGAUGAAGCAGAUUGAAGCCAAGAUCAAUAAGAAGCAGUACCAGACCCCUCGGCAAUUCAUGGCCGACAUCACGCUGAUGUGCAACAACGCCCGGACAUACAACCAGGACGGCAGCCAACUGUUUGCCGACGCGGACACGAUUGAGCGCGCAUGCCUGGACAAGCUCCGCGAAGAAUCUGCCAAAUUCCCACAAUGGCAAGACCUCGACGGCGACAGUGCAGAUGGUGGCUCGACGCGCCCGAUGUCUGGUGUCAGCACGCCGCAGCCCACCAAGUCGGGCAUCAAACUGAAGCUGAACGGCACGAAAGCUAAUGGCAACUCGUCGCGAGGCGGCACAGAAAGCGUAGCACAAAGCGACGAAGAGUAGGGCACGAAUCGUGGGAGGUAGCACAAUCAGUCUCCACGAAGCGACGAAGAGUGUAACCCUGGUCGCUCGAGCUGACCGCAUUCUAUCCGGCCUUCCAGUCCUGGUAGCAGUGUUGUUCGUACGUGGUUCAGGCGUUGGGCAUCACGUUUGUCACCUGUGAGAAGAAGACACGAGGAAGCACAGGAAGGAUCAGGAUGUUUCCAGUGCGCCAAUAGGCGACUAUGAUGGCGUGCUCAGAACAGAGCAGAGAAAAGACGGCUGAGAGAAAACAUGGCGGGAGCAUAGCGCUUCAGACGGAGGAGAUUUUACUUCGAGUGGAGGCGAAGGGAAAGGCGUCCGGUCAAGUAUCGAAGCCCACGAGGGUAUGCGUGCAUGAGAAUGGGCGUUUCGUCAGGCUUGGGUGGUCGUCCCGUCACGAUGUUGCAAAAGACGCAUGACCUCACUGUCAGGAUGAUGUUACUACUACUACCAUGGGUCUUUUUGAAGCGAACAGGAGUUGGCGGAGGGGGAGUGCUGUGCAAUGACUUGGUCGCGGGUGGGAGUCGGUUGACUUCCGAGAGUGGUGUGUACUUUAGAUAUGACUCCAAGAGUAUUGCUUCCAGAGGCAGCUUACACAGUAAUUUUGCUGAGC